AUGGCCGAGCUCGAGGACUUUCUCAAGGUGCUUCAGGACACGGUGGCAGCCAACAAGCUGUCGGGCUCCCGCGUCGAUCGCGUCAAGUCGACCGCCGCCAAAUGCUUUCAUGAUCCUGCCGCCGCCAAGGCCAUCCUCAAGCUCCACGCCCGCGCCUCUUCGAGCACCAAGGUCUCGUCGCUCUACCUGUUUGACGCAGUCGCCCGGCACGCCAAAGACGCUGUCAAGAAGCAGGGCGCGGGCCACGAUGCCAGCGACGCCCGGGCGCCGCCCGACUCUGACGCAAUCGACGGCACCAACGAGGCGCUCAUCGCCGGCGCGGCCUACUUUCUCUCGCAGGCGUCCCAGGUCGCCGGCGAGAUUGCGCUCGACACGAUGAGGAGCGUCGGCAAGGAACAGCAGGAAAAGGUCAAGAAGGUCCUCGACAUCUGGAUCCGGGCAUCAACCUUCGACCACGCCAUGCUCAAGGAGCUCUCGAGGAGCGUCGACCGGCUGGCGUCGGGCCAACCGUCGUCUUCAUCGUCAUCAUCGUCAAGGCAGCGGGAGGCUUCGUCGUCGUCGAAAAAAGCCUCGAGCUCGUCCAAGCGCAGCACGACACCGCCAACCGACCCGCGCGACGCCAAGCGCCGACCCGCCUACCCGCUACCGCCUUCGCUGCAGGGUGCCGCCGCAGAGGCGUCGACGGCAACGGCAACGGCGACGGCACCGGCGCAAGCCGGUCUACCGGCCAACAUCCUUGCCCUGCUCGGUGGCGGUGGCGGUGGCGGCGGCCGCGCGGGCAACGGCAACGCGUCGCCAUCGGCUGCAAUGGGCAGCAACGGCAGCAACGGCGGCGGCGCAGGCGUACCGUCGAGCCUGGCCGACAUGCUGGCGAGGUCGACGCAACCACCGGGUCCCCCUGCGGCGGCGGCCGGUGCGCCGUCGUUCGAUCUGGGCCAGUUGACGAUGCUGCAGCAAUUGGCCGGACCGGCAUCGUCGUCAUCAUCGUCGUCGGCUGGCCCCAGCGGAGCACCGCCGGGCCCACCUCCGCCUCGUCCGCCGCCGUCUGGACCGGGCGCUGCGACGCGCAGACGGGAUGGACGGUCGCGCAGCCCCUCGUCGGUGCGCCCGUCAAACGAGCCGCGAGCGUCGCGGUGGUCGGAUGCCGCGCCGACCAAGUCGGAAGGCGGAGCUACAUCCGCAGUGCCAACUUCGCCACCAUCGGCAGCGGCAGGAGGAGCGACGGCGGCGUCGGCGGCGGCGACGGCGGCGAAGACCAAGGAGGAUCUGUCGACGAUUGACAUGUCGACAUUUGAUCCGACCGACGCAAAGUGCUGGGAGCGCGUGGGCGACGCGUUUGAGAACACGUACGGCUUCAAGCCAAACAACCAGCAGAUUAUGGCCACCGUCAUGGGCUUCCCCGUCAUGCCCAUGGGCAUGCCCAUGGCGGGCAUGGGGGGCAUGCCGCCGAUGCAGAUGGGCGGCGGCCCCGGCAUGGGGAUGGGCAUGGGCAUGGGUACGGGCAUGGGCAUGGGCAUGGACAUGGGUGCGGGAGGACAGAAUCAGGCAUGGGGCAGCAGCGGCAGCGGCGGCGGUGGCGAUGGCGUGUCAAUGUCGAUGCCCACGUACGGCGGUCAGAUGGGCGCGGCGGCCGUUGCGCCAGGAGGUGGCGGCGGCGGUGGCGGUGGUGGCGGCGGACCGGCAGCGUGGGACGUGACGCGGCAGCGUCCACCGCACCGCCGGUAG